CUAAAGAAUGGAAGAUUUUGAGAAGAAGCUCUCUCUCGAUGAACAAAUGGAGGAAGACCGGAGAACCGAUUCCUCUAACACUCUCUCUUUGCUCCGUCAGUUUCUCGAAAUCCAGCAGCGCAGAGCUGAAGCUUAUUCCAAGCUUAAAAGGAUUCGAUUGUUCGAGUUAUGUGUAUGCGUACUACUUCUGUUAUACUGUUCUUCCACGCCGCAGGAUUUUGUCCUAAACCUCGUUCGAGGGGGUUCGAUGAGUAUAUGACUUCAGGAAGGGAGAUAUCUUACCAACAGCUUUGCAGUGAGAUCACUACGGAAUUCAGUAAUUGCUCUAAACAAGUCAUUGACAUCGAAUCGAAUUUCCGGAAUUCAGAUCAUAACAGGCUCGAGUUAGCCAACCUGCUUAGAUCUGUUCAAGAACAAGAGAAACAGAAAUUGCACCUGACAGCUCAAAUUCAGUUAUUGAAGAAGGCCGGCCGCCCAUCAGAGCGCUUGGUGAGCCACGAGAAUUGUAGAAUCAAUGCACCUCGAGAGCAUGAGUGUGUGCAUGUCCAUGAGAUAACUGAAGCUUCGGGUACCGAGGAAGCAGAAGCAGAUGCGGAAUACGACAAUGCUUUAAAGGAAGCAAUCAAAGGUGUGCAGGAUGCUGUGACGACCAUAAAUGAGCACAUGGAGGAAGUGAGAUAUGAGAUCGAAGCUCUUGAAGAUAAGUAAUCUUACAAUACAUCUAUGAUAUUUUGAAUAUCUUUCUUUCUCUGCAAUUGAAUUGGUUACCAUUUACCUAUAAAUGAAAUGAAGCACAUCAAAAAAGAAUUGAUAAAACAAAUCAAAUUCCAAUUCA